AUGUGUCGCUUCAUGUCUGACUCGCCCGGUGCUGUCAGCACCCAAGGCAGAGUGGUGCUUCCCACCAAUGUGGUGCCCAAGCAUUACGACGUGACGAUCGAGGUGGAUUUUGAAAAGUUCACCUUCGAUGGCACGGUCAUUAUCGACUUGGAUGUUGCCGAAGACAGCUCCUCCAUCUCAUUGAACACCGUUGAGCUUGAAAUUCACUCCACCCAAGUCCACGCAGACGGCGCUCUGGUCACUUCUUCUCCUUCUCUUGCGUACGAUGCAGACACGCAGACCACCACCAUCAGCCUUGGAAAGACGCUCACAAAGGGCCAGAAGGUGCAGCUCAAGCAUACCUACACCGGCCAGCUGAAUGAUAAGAUGGCGGGCUUCUAUAGAUCCAAGCGAAGAGACGGCAAGUACCUGGCAGUCUCUCAAUUCGAGGCCACCGAUGCUCGACGUGCUUUGCCUUGUUUCGACGAACCCGCACUCAAAGCAGAGUUUACUGUUACCCUCAUUGCGGACCAAGACAAGAGUGUGUUGUCCAAUAUGGAUGUAGCUUCGACCACAACGGUAGACUCCAAGAUCACUGGUGGAAGACGCAAGGCUGUCAAAUUCAACCGCUCCCCGAAGAUGUCUACAUAUCUACUUGCAUUCGUCGUGGCAGAACUCAAGUCUAUAUCUACUGACAAGUUCCGCCUACCAAUCAAGGUCUGGAUGACACCUGAACAGAAUGAGGAAGAUGGGAGGUUUGCCCUAGAAGUGGCGGCCAAGACUCUUGCAUUCUACGAAAAGGCUUUCCAGGCUCCAUACCCAUUGCCUAAGAUGGAUAUGGUUGCCAUUCCCGACUUUGCUGCUGGGGCCAUGGAGAACUGGGGCUUGGUCACGUACCGGGUGGUUGACUUGUUGUUCGACCAGAAGUCAGCCGGAGCUGCGACCAAGGAACGGGUUGCUGAAGUAGUGCAGCAUGAACUGGCACAUCAGUGGUUCGGAAAUUUGGUUACCAUGGACUUCUGGGACGGGCUGUGGCUGAACGAAGGAUUCGCGACCUGGAUGAGCUGGUACAGUUGCAAUGAGUUCUACCCAGAAUGGAAAGUAUGGGAGACCUUUGUGAUCGACACCUUACAAGGAGCCCUUGGAUUGGACGGUCUACGAAGCUCCCAUCCCAUUGAAGUUCCUGUCCACCGCGCCGAGGAUAUCAACCAGAUCUUUGAUGCUAUUUCAUACUCCAAGGGAUCUGCCGUGCUGAGGAUGAUUUCCAAGUACAUUGGAGAGGAUGUUUUCAUUGAGGGAGUGAGGAGAUAUAUCAAGAAGCAUGCUUGGGGAAACACACAGACCAGCGAUCUGUGGGACGCCCUUGCGGAUGCCAGUGGCAAGGACGUUGCACAUGUGAUGGACGUUUGGACCAAGAACAUUGGAUAUCCAGUUGUCACUGUCACCGAGAACGAGAAGGAUUCGAGCAUUACUGUAAAGCAAAACCGAUUCCUGCGAACGGGCGAUGUCAAACCUGAGGAGGACAAGAUCAUUUAUCCUGUCAUUCUUGGAUUGAAGACAAAGGAUGGAGUGGACGAGAGCCUAAUGCUGGAGAAGCGAGAACAGACGUUCAAGCUCAAGCAUGGUCUUGACUUCUACAAGCUUAAUUCCGACCAUUCGGCACUUUACCGAACGAGCUAUACUCCCGAACGACUGACCAAGCUUGGUGAGGCCGCGCAGCAAGGUCUUCUCUCGGUAGAAGAUCGAGCUGGCAUGAUUGCGGAUGCAGGAGCACUUGCAGCGAGUGGAUAUGGUAAAACGUCUGGAAUCCUCAGUCUGCUGCAGUCCUUUAAUACUGAGACUCAAUUUGUGGUAUGGAACGAGAUCCUAACGCGCAUUAAUGCUGUGAGAAAUACCUGGAUCUUCGAGGAUGAGUCCACCAAGGAUGCUCUCAAAGCAUUCCAGUUGAGUCUCACGUCGGCCAAAGCUCAUGAACUGGGAUGGGAAUUCUCGGAGGAUGAAGAUCACAUCCAGAGCCAGUUCAAGAGUAUGCUAUUCGGGUCCGCCGGCCUCGCUGGAGACGAAAAAAUCCAAGCAGCUGCAAAGGAAAUGUUCGGCAAAUUCCUAGCAGGAGACUACGCGGCUGUGCACCCCAAUCUUCGAGCAUCUGUGUUUGCGAUGGCACUACGCGAUGGUGGAGAGAAGGAGUGGGACGCACUUCUUGCACGAUAUCAUUCAGCACCAACAGCUGACGAGAAGAACACCUGCUUGCGCAGCUUGGGCCGAGCCAAGAGCCCUGGGCUGAUCCAGAAAACGCUGAAGUUGGCCCUAAGCGGAGAAGUCAAGAUGCAAGAUAUUUAUAUGCCGAUUGGUGGACUGGGAACAACAUCAGAAGGCAUUGAGCGACGAUACGAGUGGAUGGAGAAGAAUUGGGAGGAACUGGUGGAGAAACUACCACCGAGUAUGACCAUGCUGAGCAGUGUGGUCAGCAUUUGUGCCGCAGGGUUCACGCGAUCAGAUCAAAUGGCCAAAGUAGAAGCAUUCUUCCAGAACAAGGACAAGAAGGGUUUCGACCGCAGUCUUCAACAGAGCUUGGAUAGCAUCCGAGCCAAAGCGAACUGGCUAGAGCGAGACAGUGAGGAUGUGGUGUCGUGGCUGAAGGAACAUGGCUACCUGAAGGCGGUGAGUGGGAAGUUGUAG